CCAAAGACCAUGACGGGUCUGCCGAGCACGUCGGGAACUACCGCCAGCGUGGUGAUCAUCCGCGGGUCGAGGAUGUACGUGGCUCACGUGGGUGACUCGGGAGUGGUGCUGGGUGUCCAGGAUGACCCCAAGGAUGACUUUGUCAGAGCUGUGGAGGUGACCCAGGACCACAAGCCAGAACUUCCCAAAGAAAGGGAGAGAAUUGAAGGCCUCGGGGGCAGUGUGAUCAACAAGUCUGGUGUGAAUCGUGUCGUCUGGAAGAGGCCUCGGCUGACCCACAACGGGCCCGUGCGCCGCAGCACCGUCAUCGACCAGAUCCCCUUCCUGGCAGUCGCCCGGGCCCUGGGUGAUCUUUGGAGCUACGACUUCUACAGUGGUGAAUUUGUUGUGUCUCCUGAACCUGACACUAGUGUGCACACCAUUGAUCCCCAGAAGCACAAAUAUAUUAUCCUUGGCAGUGAUGGACUGUGGAACAUGAUCCCACCUCAAGAUGCUAUCUCCAUGUGCCAGGAUCACGAGGAGAAGAAAUACUUCAUGGGGGAGCACCGCCAGUCCUGUGCCAAAAUGCUGGUGAGCAGGGCGCUGGGCCGCUGGAGGCAGCGCAUGCUCCGUGCAGACAACACCAGUGCCAUCGUCAUCUGCAUCUCGCCAGUGCAGGACAGCAAAAGCAACUUGGAAAAUGAAGAAGAAUUGUAUCUCAACCUGGCAGAGAGCCCCUCCUACAGCAGUCCCGACGCGAAUGUCACGACGCCCUCCCGCUGCUGUACCCCCCCUGUCAAGCUUUUAGAAGAUGAUCCCUGGCCACGACUGAAUGCUUCUGAGCCUAUUCCUCCCCUCGUGCACAGCAACGCAAUCUCAGAAAAAUACUUGGAGCUGCCAAACGAGAUUGCCAAAAGCAAUUUACCCUCAUCAGGAGCAGUCCCGAAGGAUUCGGGCCCGCAGGAGGAGAAGGGCGGCAAAGCACUGGCGCUGAGGAUACACGAGUCCUACAGUAAUGGUUUGUCAGUCAGCCUCUCCCCUUCCAACUCCUCAAAUUCAGGCACGGACCAAAAAGGCUUCAAGGCGUCUCCUAAUGGCCAAACAAAAGCCCAAGAUGCAGAGAGGACACCCACAGCAAACUUUAAAAGGACAUUGGAAGAAUCCAAC